UCGUUCGUUAGAGAGAGGGACAGAUCUGUGAAGUAGAGAUCUUCCUUUUUCACUUUUCUUCGUUGUCUCUCUCUGUCUACACGCUUGUGCUGUGUUGUGUGUGCCCACUUUCCCUCUCUCUCCUCUCUUCGCACCUUAACCUUUUCAUCUUUAAGCAGAGAAGAAGAAGAAGCUAAAAACUUCUUCCAAGUUAAUUUUAGCUUCCAAAGUUUUCAUCUUUCCAAGAUAGAACUCGCUUUCUAUUUUGGGCAUUCAUCUAAUCCAACAAGUUAAAUAAAAAACAAACUUUUUUUUAAUUUUCUCAACUACUCUGUUUUUCGUGUUUCAAUGGUGGUGAAGAUGAUGAAGUGGCGGCCAUGGCCGCCGCUGAUGACGAAGAAAUACGAGGUGAAGCUGUCCGUGAGGAGACUGGAGGGUUGGGAUCUGCCGGAGAAGGAGAGAUUGACGGUGGAGAUUCGGUGGAAAGGGCCCAAAGCGACGGCGCUGGGAUCUCUGAGGAGGUCGUCGGUGAAGAGGGACUUCACCAAGGAAGCUGUUGCUGCGGCGGAGGAAAGCGACGUCGUUUCGUGGGAAGAUGAGGGAGAGGUGUUUCAGAGCGUGUGCUCUCUCACUUGUUACAAGGAUGAUGAUACUCUGUUUUAUCCUUGGGAGAUUGCUUUCUCUGUUUUCACCAGUGAAAUGAAGCAAGGACAGAAGAAUAAAGCUCCUCUCGUUGGAACAGCAUCUUUGAAUCUUGCUGAGUACGCUCGUGUAACCGAUCAAAGAGAGUUUGAACUAAACCUUCCUCUCACCCUCUCUGCUUGUGUAGCCUCUGAGCCACAUCCCUUGCUCUGUGUAUCAUUGAGUCUGUUUGAGCUUAGAACCACACCAGAAACCUCAGACUCACAAACAGCUGUUGUCCCUGUCCCAUCUCCACCUCCACCAGCUCUUGAACCUCACCAAACCGAGAAGGAAGACGUGUCCGCAAUCAAAGCAGGUCUAAGAAAAGUCAAGAUCUUCGUUUCCACAAGGAAAGCCAAGAAGGCUUGCCACCGCGAGGCAGAAGCAGAAGAAGGAGGAGGCAGGUUCUCAAGCUUUGAAUCAUCAGAAUCACUCGACCUUUCCGAGGAAGCCUCCGACGAAUGCAAAGAAGAUCUGAUGAGCGUGAGAAAGUCUUUCUCAUACGGACCAUUGUCUUACGCAAACGGGGUUGGAAGUUCGUUGAACCGUGGCGCAAAAAUCAGCGAAGAAGACGAAGAUUGGGUUUAUUAUAGCCACAGGAAGUCUGACGUUGGAGGAGGAGGAGGAGGAGGAGGCUGCUCGGACGUUGAAGAUACUUCUUCUGGUUUGGUGUAUGAGACGUCAUCAUCACUUCUUCCUCGUCGAAGCAUAUUGCCGUGGAGGAAGAGGAAGCUGAGCUUUAGAUCGCCGAAGGCUAAAGGAGAGCCUUUGUUGAAGAAAGAUAAUGGAGAAGAAGGUGGAGAUGACAUUGAUUAUGAUAGGAGACAACUUAGCUCAGAUGAAGCUCUUGUGAGAAGCAAAACAGAUGAAGAUUCUUCAUCAGCCAAUCCUCAACAAUCUUCUUUCUUGGAGUUUGGAGACGACAGUUUCGCUAUAGGAACCUGGGAAGAGAAAGAAGUGAUAAGCAGAGACGGACACAUGAAGCUUCAGACAAGUGUCUUCCUCGCUUCCAUCGACCAGAGAAGCGAGCGUGCAGCUGGCGAGAGCGCGUGCACCGCUCUCGUAGCCGUCAUCGCGGAUUGGUUCCAGAAGAACGGUAACCUCAUGCCUAUAAAGUCUCAGUUCGAUAGUCUGAUCAGAGAAGGCUCGUUGGAGUGGAGAAACCUCUGCGAGAACGAGACGUACAUGCAGCAGUUCCCCGACAAGCAUUUUGAUCUCGACACUGUGUUACAAGCGAAGAUACGGUCUCUAACUGUUGUCCCCGGGAAGUCAUAUGUCGGUUUUUUCCAUCCGGAAGGGAUGAUCAACGAGGGAAGCAGCUUCGAGUUUCUGCAGGGAGCAAUGUCUUUCGAUAGCAUUUGGGACGAGAUUAUCAAUCUAGACGAUGAUGACGACGAGCGUGUUUAUAUCGUGAGCUGGAACGAUCACUUCUUUGUACUCAAAGUUGAAAACGAAGCUUACUAUAUCAUUGACACGCUUGGUGAGAGGCUGUACGAAGGGUGUGAUCAAGCUUACAUUUUGAAGUUCGAUGAUAAAACGGUUAUCCACAAGAAUCUUCAAGCAGAGGAGUCAGAAUCCGAACCUGAACCUGAGCCUGAGCCAGAGGUUGUGUGCAGAGGGAAGGAGUCAUGUAAAGAGUAUAUUAAGAGCUUCUUGGCGGCGAUACCGAUAAGGGAGUUGCAAGAGGAUAUCAAGAAAGGAUUAGCUUCGACUGCUCCUGUUCAUCAACGGUUACAGAUCGAGUUUCAUUACACGGAGAUGAGCACAAGCACGGAUGUCGUCGCUGUCUGAAUAGUUAAGGCAGAGAGUAUGCUAACGUUUUUUUUGAGGUUCUUGUUAGUUUUUGUAACUCAUCUCUUUAGCUUUUAAACUAACUUUGUGAAUGUAAAAGUUUAACCCUCUCUUUUAGAGCUGUGCUGAUUUCGGAAAGGUUUUUGAAAUCAAAUCUGUUUCUGGUUCA